AGAGUCGGGUCUAUCAGACCCGAUAUCCAUCACAAGCCCCCUAGUUUUCUGGCGACGUGUCGCUAGAAAACUAAUGAUGAGCCGCCUUCGGUUUUCGUGUCAGAUUAGAAACGUCGCACUCGAGUGCCUUGGGUCCCCUCUGUCAACGGAUAUAACCCCUUCUGGACUCGUCUUCUUCCUCCUUCGCUACCGAAUCUUAACCCGACCCGAAUUCCGGCUACAUUUUCCCCAAAUUUUCGCUCCCUUCUUCAAAAUGACUCCUGCAAAUCCCGCAACCUGGACCCACGAACCCUCUAUCAUUAGGGAGGACGAACUUCGAGAAGUGGCCGCGCUUCUGGGCAAGGGCUUCCGGGUCCACCAUCCCGAUGCCGUCGGGGGGAUUAGCCUAUCCCACAACCCAAACCCUCAGAAGUAUAUGGUCAUGCAAUAUCACUCUAUGGAAAAUGGGUUCAGGUUGCCCCUUCACGGUCUGCUUCGCGACAUCUGCCGCCAUUUCAGAUUCGCUCCGGGCCAGUUGACUGCCAACGCGCACAAGUAUGUUGCAUCUUACAUCCUGUGGUGCUGUGCCCUAGACAGAACCCCAACAUUGGACGAAUUCCUUAUCCUCUUCAGUAUCGGUGGGUCUUUUCCUUUUUACAACCUGUAUCCUCAUCCCCAUGCCCCAAUUUUUGAGAGGGUUGAGUUUAAAAACGACAAAUGGUCAUACCGCUACUUCGUCAUUGAGUUCCCGGCUCACAGCCCUUUAGAUCUGCCGGGUGUCAUUCUUCGUAGUUCUAUUUCCCGGACGAAGUUCGUUGCAGCACCAUUGGCGGAGGAAGUUUACACUGCCUUGAGAGAGGAAGGGGGUUUAAUUCCACACCACUCCCUUCAAGACGCCAGGUUAUACAAGAAGGCGGAUUUUUACUAUCCCCUGGGUCCUGACCCUGUUCCGUUUGAAGGGGAGCCUUCCCCUGAAAGAUCAAAGGCUCCUCCUACUGCGGAAUCCGAUCCAGUCGGGAGCUCCUCCGGGAACCAAACUCAAGGUGACUCCACUGCCUUGGCCAUUCGCAAGCCGACUGCUGCCCUGGAGGCUGUCCCCAUCUCUGCUAUUCCUGGGAUGAGGAGGCCCACUCUGUCCCAGAAACAGCCACGGGAAGGAGUCACUGAUGAUGAUUUCCUUCCCAAGAAGAAUAAGGGUGAUGGUACUUCUGCUUUGCCCAGCCCCCUAUCCACUUCUUCCGGUACCCAGCACACCAUCCCUGCUGCCGUAUCCGGGGGUUUAGAGCUACCCCACCCGGAUAGCUUAGAUCGUGAGGAAGAUGAACUUCGGGACCAGUCAGCGCUCAAGAGACCCGCAGUGCAGCCUCAGCCUGAGGUGAUCAAUACCUCCCCACACAUUGCAACUGCUCCCCAAGGAGUGGAGGAAGAAGGUGAGGGGCAGAAAGAACCGGAGUUUUCUCCUGCAGCAGAGAAGGAGGUUGAAGUGCAGAAAGAAUUGGACGCCUCCUCCACGAUGGAGAAAGAAGCUGGAGAGCAAAAAGGUGCUGAGGCUCCUCCAGAGACUGAGAUACAGCGGGAAUCGGAGGAACAGCAGGAACCGAAGGAACGGCGUCCCGCCAUCACACCCCUGGCCGUCAAUCUCCCCAUCCGGCGCAAGUUCACGCCGCAAACCUACCCUGCCUUCAGGGAGGCCUUCCUUCGAACGCCAGCCCUCCGCCACCCGUCGACGCCCGUCCUCGCCGCCGACGCCGCCCUCGCCAGCCACACCGUCCUCGCCAGCCACGCCGGAUUCUUCAGCCGCGCCAGCCACGCCAGCCACGCCGUUCCGCCUAGCCACGCCGUCCCCGUAGCCACGCCGUCCACCAGCCGUCACCACCCCUCGCCGCCGCCGCCGAUUGUACUCCACCGCCUGCCGUCUCUCUUCCCCGCCGGACCUCCUCCUCUUUGCCGUGAACUUGGAGGCGUUUCUAAAAUGAGUCCAUUCGAAAAUCGUGAGUUGAUGUAUAAGAAAUAUGAGAGAGAAGGUGUUGUUAGUCAAGAAUGGGUGGACAAUGUGGUUGAGUUUGUAGAGUACUUCGCCCCGACUAGGACCAACUCUGUUCUUGAAGAAGAGCCGAAUUCGACAGACAAGCAAUUCUUCGAAAUGUUGAAAGCUGCUGAUACAGAUCUUUGGCCGGGGAGUUCUAAGACGUCUCAGUUGUCUGCAGUUGCACGCUUGUUGAAUAUUAAGUCAGAGCAUAAUCUAUCCGAGCGUUGUUACGACACCAUAUGUCAAUACAUCAAAGACAUUCUUCCAGAGGACAACUCAAUGAUGGGCGACAAUGAGAACCCCCCUCCCCCCACGUCGACUGAUUCUGAGGUGUUGGCACGUUUGAGGAGGUCCGUCAUUGGUAGAGGGAGACCCCCUUCUCGCCAGGGAUCGAGCACAGCCACUACAUCCACAGGCACUCCCUCUAUUACCUCGAGUCCAUUCACUGAUACGCAGGUGUCCCCCUCCACCCCACGUACUACGCCAUCUGGCCCUUGUACGUCAGCAUCUAGGGUGGGGGAGAGUAUUGAGGAUCAAGAUGAUGGAGUUGGCGAUGACCAUGACUUCGAGGACUGCUUUGGCGAGGGACGCAGUGGCAGGGCGCGUGAUGGUGAGGACGAGGUCCACGAUAAUGUGGACCAACAGGGUGGAUAUCACGAGGGUCCCAGUCAUCACGGUCAGUUCGUGUAUGUCAAUUCGGAUGACGAGGUUACAAUCACUAGAGCUGGUGCUGCGCUCAUCACACCAGCAUUCUAUGAGAGGACGGACGCGACUGGCUUUUCGUGGGGCAAAGUCUCAAAGACGACGAAGGAGUUCUACUUUCGAGAGUUCAAGAAAAAUGCUCGAGUGGAUCCGUCCAUUGAUGAGGGCAUGCUGAGGAAAGCUUUUCUCAGGAAAGCUGCUGAACGGUACGCGAGUUAUACGUACAAUCAAAGGAACCCAACUCGAUUGAAAAAGAAGAAAAUGGACCCUCGGCCACUUGAGCAGUUGAAGAAGGUUUGGGAAGAGGAUCCAGAGUUUUUGGAGUUGAGUAAGACGAAGAAGAAGAACAGAAGAAAGGGAAAAGAGGAUGGUCCUGCUCUUGGGACUUAUUGCGGAGGUUCAAUUCCAUUUUCUGAAAAUAUGAAUCGAUUGGCUAAGAAGAAAGGGGCGCCUGUGCAGUUGGAUGAGGUUAUUAUCCACACAAAGACAAAGAAGCACGAUGGCAAGACUUGGGUGGAUCCAGGACAUGCUGAGCUACAGGCACAAUUCUUUGAACUGCGCGAGGAGGCUAGGCAAAAUGGACUUAAAGUCACCGACGAAGAAAUAUGGUACUCGCUAGUCGAGGGCCAUAACGCAAAGAACCGUGUUCCUGGAGUUGGUGACUAUGCACGGGAAAUGAAGAAGAUCAAUCCAUCCUCCAAACCUCGCCGUUCCAGCACUAGUAGCAGCAGCGCGGUGGAGAUGGCAGCACUUAAAGAGCAAAACCAAAGGCUGCAGGAACAACUUGAUAAUCUAACCUCAAACUUGUCGCUGACGAUUCAGGAGGAAAUAAGGAAGUUAUAUGGUGGCAUGUCCAAGUCAAGGACAUAUAACCCAUUGGUCAUGUUGGCAUUAGCAUAGAAAACAUUCUUUCUGUAAACGGAAAGGGACUUGUCUUUAAUAGAAAUGAUGAAACCACUCUUAUCAAGACAUGAAACAGAAAUAAUGUUUCUGCUAAUUGCAGGAACGUACAAGCAAUCGUUUAAUUCCAACAUAAGACCACUAGGCAAGACUAAACUAUAAGUUCCGAUUGCCAAAGCUGCAACAGGUGCACCAUUGCCGACUCGGAGUUCAAUCUCGCCUCGAGCUAACCGUCUACUCUGCUUCAGUCCCUGCAUGGUAGUACAGAUAUGAGACCCACAUCCAGUAUCUAGUACCCAUGAUGAAGAUAUAGACAUGUUAACUUCUAUAACAUACACCUCAGAAGAAAUGGUCGUACCUUCC